AUGCCCCCCGGCACUAAGCCCUCCUACCUGCUGCUGGCCCCCAAGGCCCUCCGUCCUGGAGUCCCCACGUCGGUGUCCGUCACCAUCCUCGCCAGCUCUCCGGUCCAUGUGACCGCUCACAUCGUCCAUGGCAACCAGAGCGUGGCCUCAACAUCUGCUACUGUGGAAGCAGAGUCAACCGAGCUGCUGACUCUACCACCUAUCCAAGAGAGCGAGUCCAGCUACAAGUACCUUUACAACCUGGAGGUCAAAGGUCAUGUAGGCAGCGUCGAGGUUUUCUCCAACUCAACGCAGCUGAACUUCGACCCCAAAGGCCACUCCACCUUCAUUCAGACGGACAAGAUGAACUAUCGACCCGGGCAGAAGGUGAAGAUCAGAGCGGUGUCCAUCCUCCCCGACGGGAAACCCUUCACCAGGCCGGUGGACAUCACCAUCAGGGAUCCGAGGGGAAACCUGCUCAGACAGUGGCCGUCUCUGGACAGCGUCCUCGGGGUCGUGUCCAAAGAGUACCAGCUGUCUGAAAGCCCUCCGCUGGGUGAAUGGACCAUCGUCGCUACAGUCGGUAGAGUUUCAAGUGAGAAGCGUAUCAUCGUGGCUUAUUACAAGCUGCCAAAGUUUGAAGUUGUGAUAGAAGCUCCAGAUGUCAUUCAUCGUGAAGACACUCUGUGGUUCUCUGUCAAAGCAAAGUACAUGUACGGCAUGCCUGUUCAGGGAUACAUGAACAUAACGUUCCUCCAUAACCUUCAUGGUAUGGAAGAGGCUUACGAUGAGCAUAAAGAGAUCGACGGCAGCACAGACGUAAUGUUUGAAUUACCAAACUACGACUACUAUAUGAUGAGCAAAAGAGCUCUGGAGAUGGCCUUCUAUGACGGAUACUUGGACGACGAGUCUCUAACGAUCGUGGUUCAUGUGACUGAUCACCUCUCAGGUCUCACAUACACCAACACAGCAAAGGUGUCUGUGGCAAAGUUCAGAUAUACAAUUUCUUUUGAUGGAUAUCCCAAAAUAUUAAAGCCGACUCUGGACUUCGCUGCCAUGCUGAAAAUAUCUACAUACAAUGACAAGCCGCUGUCACCGGAGGAUCAGCGAAUGACAGUUCACGUGUCAGUGAUGCAGCAAAAGCAAAGUCCGUGGAAUUGGGAAAUGUACAUGAAAGAAAACGAGAUGAGGCCUUUUCAAUCUAACAUGACGGUCCCACUGGGAGUUACGCCUCCAAAGCCAGAGGCAAUGAUGCCUGAAGAAAUGGAGUUUCCUAUCCCUGCAGACGGACGCAUACCCCUCAACAUUAAGCUCAUGGAUGAAACGGAAACACUCACAAUUGAUGCUUAUUUUGAGGAAAGCCAUGCCACUCUACAACUCUACAGAAGCUACAGAUCCCCCAAUAACUACUACCUGCAGAUCCAGAAACCCUCCAGUCCUCCAGAGGUUGGUUCCCCCUUCCUGCUGCACGUUGAGAGGAAUCUUCCAAUGAUUGAGAUUCACUAUGUGGUGAAGUCCAGAGGUCAGGUGGUUUCUGCUGGGAGAAGCAUGGGAGGAGUUCUGCCUCUGGUCCCAGAAGUCUCCUGGGCUCCUCUGGCCUGUAUCAUCGUCUACUGUGUGGAUCCCCACGGAGAGAUCAUCAACGACGUGAUGCAGCUACCCAUCACCCAAACCUUACAAAACAAGGUAUCUCUGAGCUGGAGCGACGCUAUGAGGAAGCCAGCUGAGAAGGUCACACUAAAGGUCAAGGUGGCGGACCCCGCCUCUCUGGUCGGCAUCCUGGUGGUCGACAAGGCGACAAACUGGAAGGGAUCGUACAACGACAUCACCAAGGCGACGGUGGAGAAGGAGAUGAAGGAUUAUGGCGUUUCCACAGGCGACGCCUACUCUGACAUGAUGACAAUGGGAGAUCCAUACUCCGUCUUCAAGAAAUGUGAUCUUGUGGCGUUGACUGACGCCAGUUUACACGAGAUGAAAAGUCCGCUUAUGCCUACAUUUCCAGGGGAGGGAAUAAAUUACUUGACCCAGACAGAUAGUUCACAUGUGGAGCAACACCAGGAGCCACGAGAGCGCUGGAACUUCCCAGAGACCUGGAUAUGGAUGGACAUUUGCAGUGAUUCAGACUCCACAGAGAUAACUCUGACGGUACCAGACAGCAUCACGACCUGGACAGCCACCGCCUUCGUCAUAUCUGAGAACCUCGGUCUCGGCAUCAUAGAGAAGCCUGUAGAGCUCAAAGUGUUCCAGGAUUUCUUCCUGUCCUUGAACCUCCCGGCCUACAUCAUCAGAGGAGAGGAGCUGUUGCUGGAGAUCAUUCUGUACAACUACCUCCCACAGGCCCUGGAGGUCUCGGUAAUUGUUGUAGAGAGUGAGACCUUUGAGUUCAUCCUCUCGGACAAUGAGGGGCCCUCCAUGCCCGGUGUUGUCCAGGUGCCUGUGGGGAGUAACAGAGGCGCAUCCGUCCUCAUUCCCAUCAGGCCGCUGAUCAUCGGAGAGAUCGACAUCUUGGUGAAGGCCAUGUCGUAUGCGGGGAUGGACAUGGUCCGCAGGACGGUGCUCGUCAAGGCCGAGGGACUCCAGCAGUCGUUCUCCGCCUCGCUGCUGUUUGAGCUUUCUCUACCGCAGUCGAGUCUUUCCAGAGAUGUCGGGUUCAGCUUCCCGGCAGAUGUUGUGGAAGGCAGUGAGAGAGCCUCGGUGAUGGCUGUCGGCGACAUCCUCGGCCCGUCCAUCAGCGGCCUGGACUCUCUGAUCCAGAUGCCUCACGGCUGCGGAGAGCAGAACAUGAUCAACUUUGCACCGAACAUCUACGUUCUGCAGUAUCUGAGCGCCGUGGGCCAGGCGGACCAGGAGACCACGGAGACAGCCACAGACUUCAUGAUGAAGGGUUAUGAGCAGGAGCUGACCUUUCAGAGAUCAGACGGCUCCUUCAGCGCCUUCGGAGAAAGCGACUCGUCUGGAAGCACCUGGCUCACCGCCUUCGUCCUGAGGUGUUUCCUUCAGGCGCGGCCGUUCGUCGGCAUCGACGCCGUCGUGCUGCAGAGAGCGGCGGCCUGGUUGGCGGCCCAGCAGGGGGCUGAUGGGAGAUUGGAUGAGCACGGCCGGGUCAUCCACACCGAGCUGAAGGGAGGCCUGGACGGCAUCGUGUCCCUCACAGCCUACGGCCUCAUCGCCCUGCUGGAGGACGGGGACAUCAGGGCUCAGUUCGGCAGUCAGGUGUCCUCGGCUCUGAUGUUCCUGGAGACCCGCCUGGCUCUCGGCGUCUCCAGUAACUACAGCCUCGCUCUGCUCUCCUACGCUCUCGCUCUGUCCGGCAGCUCCAGUGCCAACCAGGCUCUAGACGAGCUGAUUGGACGAGCCGAGAUGAGAGAUGGCGUCCCGGUGUGGUCCUUCCCGGACGGUGGCCUGUCGUCGUCGUGGCAACCUCGCUCUGCGGACAUCGAGAUGGCGUCCUACGUUCUGCUCGCUCAACACCAGCUGGGUCACAUCACGGAGGGCCUCGGCCUCAUGAAGUGGCUCAGCCAGCAGAGGAACCACAGGGGAGGGUUCGGGAGCACCCAGGACACCGUCGUGGCUCUGCAGGCCUUGUCCCAGUUCGCAGCUCUCACGCCUCAGAUCGUCGACCUGAAGGUCACGGUGAACGCCGGCGCUUCGACCGCCGUGGCCUCCUUCUACAUCGACCAGGACAACCACCUGCUCCACCAGAGCCAACAGAUCGAUCCAGAUGAGCUGAACCUGCAGGUGUCUGCAGAAGGUCGAGGACUCGCUCUGUUUCAGCUCAACGUGUUUUACAACAUCAGGAACGAGGAGCCGAUGAGGAGGAGGCGACACGCCGACGACCACGAGGCGUUCCAUCUGAACGUCCAGCUGUUUGACAAAGAGAUGAACUCUGCACAUCUGUACAUCUGCAGCAGUCUGUCGGGGGCUCUGGGUCUGAACGCCACCGGUAUGGUCAUCAUGGAGGUCGGCCUGCUGAGCGGCUUCAGCCUUCUGCCGGACGGCGUCCCGACCGACGACGUCGUCAAGAGAGUGGAGACGGAGCCGGGGAAAGUCAUCCUGUACCUGGACUCUGUGACCACGGAGGAGAUGUGUCUUCUGAUCCCUCUGGUCCUGGAGUUUAAAGUCGGCAAAGUCCAGCAGGCCAAUGUUGUCAUCUAUGAUUAUUAUGAACCAAGACGGAGGACGGUGAGGACGUAUGAGUCAGAGUGGCGAGUACACAUGUCGCCCUGCUACUUCUGCGGCGGCAACUGCAGCUUGUGCAGACCAGAGGACUAUUACGACAACGAUUACGACAACAGCAUCAUGUCAAACAGCAGCCCAAUCGCCAUGACGACCAGUUUAACAACUGCUCUGCUCCUCCUCAUCAUCAUCACUGUCUUCGGCGUGUAA